GAGGGCGCCCAUUUUGUGGUUCAGAGAAGGUUCUAGAAAAAGGACUGAGUGGAGGUGCUGGCUGAGGCUCGGCUCAGCCGUCGACUUUCUUUAGAUUCAGAGCCAACUUUACGCUGAGUACAGAGCAUUUGAGUUGAAGUACAGUUAUUUUGCAAACAUUUCUUUCGAAGAGGAUGGAGAACAGGGAUAAGGAGCAGUACCGCAAGCUGUUCAUAGGUGGCCUCAGUUUUAAUACAGCAGAAGAAAAUUUAAGAAGCCACUUUGAGCAAUGGGGAAAGCUUACCGACUGUGUGGUCAUGAGGGAUCCUCAAACCAAAAAAUCAAGAGGAUUUGGAUUUGUGACAUUUUCUACUGCAGAAGAAGUUGAUGAUGCAAUGGCUGCCAGACCUCAUAAAAUAGAUGGUCGUGUGGUGGAGCCUAAAAGAGCAGUUGCAAGAGAAGAAUCUGGGAAGCCAGGUGCUCAUUUAACUGUGAAAAAACUAUUUGUUGGUGGAAUAAAAGAUGACACUGAUGAACAUCAUCUUAGAUCAUAUUUUAAGAACUAUGGAAAAAUAGAAACCAUUGAAGUAAUAACUGAUCGGCAAAGUGGAAAAAAGAGAGGAUUUGCAUUUGUAACAUUCGAUGACCAUGAUCCGGUGGACAAAAUAGUCCUUCAAAAAUAUCAUUAUGUUAAUGGACACAAUGCAGAAGUGAGAAAAGCUCUAUCUCGUCAGGAAAUAAUGGAUGCACAAAAUAACCGGAUGGGACGAGGAGGUGGUGGUGGAUUUAGAGGAGACGGUCGUGGUGGCAAUUAUCCUAUGGGACGUGGUGGAAACUACGGAGGUGGCCCUACAGAUGGAUUUGGAGGUGGUCGUGGUUUUGGCGAUGGUCCUGGUUUCAAUGGUUACGGUGGAGGUGGUGGUAACUUUGGCGGUGGCCCUGGAUAUGGUGGAGGAUUUGGCAAUCAGGGUGGUGGCUAUGAUGGUGGAAAUUAUGGAGGAAAUUUUGGUGGUGGUGGUAACUUCAAUGAUUUUGGAAAUUACAAUCAUCAGAAUUCUAAUUUUGGACCAAUGAAAGGAAACUUUGGAGGUAGAAAUAUGGGUGGACCAUAUGGAGGAAACUAUGGUGGAGGCGGAGGAUUUGGUGGCCGCAACAGAUACUAAUUCAACAACAACCCCAUUCCAAGGGCAUCACUAUAUAAAUAGGGGAGGAUGAGAGCCCAGAGUUUACAGGACAGCUGCAGGUUAUUCUCUCAGCAAAAUUUUAAGGAAAAAAUUUAUCUCAGCGGAACAUAAAAAGGCAGUGAGAUGACGGAAGACUCCAGUGCACAGGCAGAGAAAACCAUUUUGUCAAUGCUUGGGAUUGUUUAUUGAGCGGACUCUUGAUGUGGAGAAAGGACUGUAAAGAUGCCUUGGAGACAGAUUUAUAGCUUUUUAAUUUUCUUUGCUGUAGUAUCUUUGUAGUGUUCUAUACAAGUUCCAAUGUGGAAUUGUUAUGAGUUUGAGGGGAUUUUGACUUUUAAAUAUUCUUAGAUGCACUGAGAAUUUUGAGAGCUAUGAACCAGGAUCAUGGAGUUAUUAUAUACAGCCUUUCUAUGUUAAAUAUCUGCAGUGUGUAGAGUUUGGAAAAUGUUGUAUGUCCACAGUAACUUUUAAUAAAAUCCCAAAAAAAAAGAAAAGGGGGUGUGUAAUUGUUUUCUUAGGUAGAUAUAUUGUGGGUGGGUAAUUCCAGCUUUUAUCACAGCCAGGGAAAUGCAAGGACUGCUAAUCAGGCAUAAAGUGCAGAGAUGAAUCGUCAAGUCCUCAGAAUUUAAAAACUGCUAGAACUGGUUUCUGCGAGAAGGAGAGAUCGUUAGAACGUAUAGAUACAGCAGCUACUUCAUCGGCCAGGAAAGGCAUGAUCCGACGUUAAAACAGCAAAUGGUUUACACUUCCAAGAAAACAGGUCUAGCACAAGAAGUCUGGACAAAGAAGCCUAAUUUCAGCCAGCACUGUUGUAACAGUGAGCGGUAUUCAUGGAUCAAAAGCUUUUACUGCAGUAAAUUUAAAGAGAAGGCCAACGAAAACAGAUGUGUCUUAUAGAGCAGAAUAGAGCUAAGCAUCAGUUAAACUUCACCAUGUAGGUAAGAUAUUAUUUAAUUGUCUUUUAUGUUACAGAAGUGAAGAGGUGGUCAAAACUUAGCUCAUAGAAAUCUAGCAGAUAAUUUUUUUGAUAUAUCAAAUUUGUUCUGUUCUAUCACGUGGGAAUUUCUUUACUCCAAAUUCACUUUGGUGGCUUUCCAAUUUACAAGAACAAAAAUAAAAUUUCAGUCUCUUUGUGCCUAACUAAUAUCAUUUCUAUGCCAUUUAUGGUUUUAGUUUCUGAAGGUGGGUGUUGAUUGUCCACUGGAUCUUAAAGUGAGAGCUGCCAGUCUUCAUUCCACAUGUGAUCAGAACCAUCCUCAGCCAGCAUCUGACCUCUGUCAACUGGUCUGAGCUGCACUGAAACUGAAAUCACAGUGGUGAGGGCAGUGAUCUUGGCUGUAAGCCACAUGAUGAGUUUUGUUCUCUUCUGAAGUAGGAAGUGAAACAGAAUUCUCUGGAUCGUGAGAAUUUUUGAGGAUGCUGAGUUCUUUGAAUUAAUAGCUUUGCAUUCGUGGCAGGUUUUAAAAGUGGCUUUGACUAAAAGCUCCCAAUUUAGUUAUUUCAAAAAAGCUGGUGGCAAUUGAGUUGCCAUUUUCUCUUUCAUAUUGCAGUAUUAUAGACUAUACAAUUUGUGUAUGGAUGUGAGUGGCAGACACGAGCGUGGAAAGUUAUUGAGCUUCAAGCUAAGGGGAUACUAAAAUAUUAAUCAGGAAGUUGUUCACAUUGGGUAAUAAAAAUAAGAAUUGGCUUUGUUGAUGAGAGUAAUGAAAACCUGAGACAUUUGGAUCCUGCUGAUGUGCUAGGAGAUAGCAAUAGAAUUACAACUUUUAACUUACAGUUCUGCCAAAAUGUGGAAGCCAACCAACAGAUAGUUUUCGUGAAUAUAUCUGUCUUCAGGAUAAAUGUUGAAAGUUAUUGAAGUGCUCAAAAAUUGGUUAAUUUGGACCACUUUUUUGUCCUAAGACUUGUAUGACAAGCCACCUGUUGUAGAAUUUGUGAUUACAUUCCUUAGUGUGUGUAUUGGUGUAAUUGACUGAGUUUUCCAUGACACUGAACAAUUUGGCUUUGUUACACCAAUAAAUUUGUCAUUGGCUUGAAAAUUGUACUUUUAAAACCUGCUGUGUAUGGAAUUGUGCUGCAGGAAUAAUGAAUGGAGAACCUUGAUGGUUGAGGGACAGAAAUCUAUUUGAGAAAUAAACACAUGAACCACUAGGCAUUCUAAUAGUUGGGUCUUAUUGACCCUAGGAAUUUUUGGAAAAACUGCGUUGAAAUUUUCAAGUGCUCUUUUUUUUCCCCUUGUUUGAAUAGAUUUGCUUGCCGACAAUUGUGCUUCUGUGUUAGCUUGCUCUGAUAUCUUUUUUUAAAAAACACAAAACGUCAUCUUGGGUGGAGCUUGGAGAAAUGUUAGUUAUGAGAAUACAAGAUAGGGAGAUUUAUGAUCAUUGUCACAAGUAUUCCUAUAGGAUUAUGGUUCUUGUUCCCAGGUUUUAAGAUGGCUUGGAAUGUCUAAUUAAUGUAAGUAUUACUUGUCAAAUUGGUGUCUGGUAAAGGACACUUUUUUCAUCAUGCAAAUAUUAAAGGGUACUCAGAAGUUAAAUCAGUACUAUGAACCAGAUGCAUAAUUGUGAAAAGGUGAGUGAAAUUAUUUUGUUGUUAAAAGUAAUUCAAGUUAAACCUAGGUUAUAACCACUAUGAACGUAUAAUUUGUGUAAGUUGGCCUAAGGGACAGAAGACAACUAUAUCUUAGCUGAAGCUUGGAUAACAGUAACAACAGUUUGUGGAUACUUUAGUACUUCAUAUAAGUAAAUACAUUCUAUUGUGCAAUUAACAUCUGAAUAUUACUUUUAAAUUUGGGAUUUAACUGAAUACUGAAAAUUAAAAAUCGUGAUGUCAUCUAUGAAAAUUCCCGAUAGGAUUGUCUACACUUAAGGCCACUGUGUGCUAUUUUUCCACUAGAUGAGCUUCCCACCAGCUCGUUAUAAUUUAUAAAACUAAAUUUUAUUUAUUAAAUUAUUCCUUGUGACAUUAGAGCAGAAUGAAUGGGGUGUGAUUUCAAAGGACAGAUGUAAUACUAAGAUCUGGAGGUUAUAUGUGGAAUGCCUUUUAAUCUGAAUAUAUUUACUUUGGAAUUGACUGAUGUAUGUUAAAAUCUAAAAUUCAACAUUUCAGGGGAAUGUAAAUGUGCCAGUUGAAAUGUGACCUACACAUUGAGCUAACUGAAUGUAGCACGAUUUGUGGAAUAGCAGUGAUUUGGGCACAGCCUGUUGAGAGGGUGAUAUUUGGAAGUAGACUGAGCAGACCACUUUGAUCAUUUAAAGUAGUUACUUGUGGCAGUGCCCCACUAAGAGCUUCUAAACCUUGUAACUUGGUAAUGUCAGAAGUCCCAAGUGGAAGCAUACCACAGCCUGUGCUGGGCAGUUCUGUGAUUUGCAAAAGUCCAUGUUUGAAAGUGGCUAAAAGAAUUUUCUGCAUUAUUUUAAUCUUUUAUAUUGGUGAUUCGUCUUUAUCUUUAUUCAAUUGACUUUGUUGCAGUGCCUCACCUACCUCUUCAGCUUCAGUGAGACUUUUCUUUGAUCUUGUUCGCUUCAGGAAUUCCCAAAGAAUGAAUCUCUUAAAAUUCAUCUAUACUAGGGGUUCCCAACAUUUUUUAAUACCGUUAAGCAAAAGGUCAAUGGACCCCAGAUUUGGAACCCUGAUUUGUAGGGAAUCUUAGCCAACUUGUACAUUAACUUUGUUUCCAUUGUGGGAUGCAAUAGGAUGUAUUUUGGCCAUUUAACAAGAUAGUCUAUUAUACUUUUUUAGUGAUUUUGAUGAACUCUUUCACUGCCUUCUGGGAUAAAGAAUUCAAAAUAAUUGUCACCUAUUAUGUGAAGAAGUUUCUUCAUCCUUUAAAUUUAAUUUUGUGACUAGUUUAUUUUGCAGUAAAAAGCCUGUUUUUCAACACCAUUGUGAUUAAAACCCAGCAUACUAAACUUUCCUGAUGCGGUUGCAUGUUGUUUUUAUGUGAUUGUGCAAGAAUAUUCCCUCGUGAAUAUAACGUUACCCAGUCUUGAGAUACUAUUCUGUUAUAUACUACAAAGAAGGUGACCUCAGUUUUUGCCAGGUUAAUACUGUUUCUUACCCACUCACUCAGCUUGCCUAUAUUCCCUAUUCUCCAUCCCAUCCAGUAUAGUAAACUUGGAGGUAGCAGAGAUCAAAUGCUGUAUGGCUUACUGAUUAUGAAUAACUGGUACCUAAGCAUGAAUGUAGAUCUUCCUUUGCCAGAUAAUGUUUUAGCUCUUUGUUUAGUAUUCCAUUGGCUGAGAGAUCCUUCUCUCAGUAUUGACAUUUUUCAUUUGUGUUCUCAUCCUUGGGCACUCAUGUAUUUGUCCUAGAUGACGGUAAAUUUGGACAAGUUAAUGAUUGAUUAAAUAGAAUCAAGUCAGUUAUGUUUCCACUGCUGAUUAGCUCUAGUGGCAUAUAUUAAGUGUUGAUGGAUCUGUGCAAUCAUGCAUUCAAUAAAUCAGAAUGGAUCCUUUAGGGCAAUAUUGUGUCAGUUGAAUGGUUUUUCAAAAAAGUAACCAUUGAUCUUGGUUGCUAGUAUAAAGUUUUAGGUCAACAAUGAAAAAUACUGGAUUUUUGUGAACUGCAGUGUUGGAGGAGGGUAAGGAGUGCUAUGAGUAGAUUAUACUUAAUGGUAAAAGCAUAGAACACCAAUGCAGUAAUGCCACAAAUAAGCUGCUAUGUAUGGACAACAGCAUUUAUACUCUAGGCUGAUCCUGCCUCAGAAAUGGUAAAUUACUGACUUGAUAACAGUUGAAUUAGGAUAAAUUCUUUGGCUAUUUUUGAUAGAAAAUACAUUUUGCAGGUGUAUUUCUCAAUAAGAUAUCCGGGUGUCCUGCUUUUCACCAGGUAUAAUCUGUAGUGGAAACAAUCCAAACCUGAAUUGAAAAAAUUUAGCAGAAUUGGCCUGAAAAAAGCCAAUUUAUGAAAAUGUCAUCCAAAGUUUAAAACUUUACAGGAUACUCUUCAAGUUAGGUGGCAGUGCCUGGAAUUCUUUAUACAACUCUGUACUUGAGGCGGAACUUAUUUUUAAAUUAUGUUUGCAUUCAGCAGCAUUAUAACCUUGUAGAUAACAGAUGACUCCCUGUAUUCAAACCGUUUGGGUAAUGGAAAUUCAAGAAUUUGCAAAUCACUACUGAAAAUUUUGCGAGAAUAGUAAGUUGAUAGGAGGGUGGGAAAUAAGAAUAAAAAUUUUCAACUUGUUUAUUGACCACAUACUGUUAACGAAAGCCAUGAUGUGCAUAGUUAACUGGAAAUAUAAAAAUUUGCACAGCAAUAAUUUUCAAAUAAUUUAACUUUUUUAAUGUAAAAAAAUUCUAUUUGCCCUGCGAUUGAGACUAAUUUUGGGUCCUUUACCUGGGUCUGACUGGCUUUAGGAUAUCAGUCAAACAUACAAGUAUGUAUGUGUGAGGCGGCAUUUUUGAGACAUACGUUGUGGUUGCUUGUGACACAUCUUAUCACUCAGUACGUCCUGGAAUUCUAAAGAAUGAGCAUUUGCAAUGCACUGGCCUAAAAAAUUUGUUUGAGGGUUGAAUGCCAGCAGUUGCCUUUUGGAAUCGUGAGCCUCCCAACAGCACAAUUAAAUCCAAGAAAAUGGUAGUUAAAAAAAAAAGCAGACAACUAAAAUAAGCUUAAAGGUUUGCAUAAAAUGCCAUGAUGAAGAUUUAUUUGAUUUGUCAAUUUGGAAUUUAAUGCAUUGGGUGUAUUUUUUCUUCUGUUACCAUUAAACUUAAACAUAUCUCCAAAGGAGGUGUACCAGCAAUAAUUGGAAGCAUAAAACACUUGUGCCUUUACUGUGUUCAAUUCUAAAGUGCAAUUCAUCUCAAUGAGAAAUAUAACCAAUUUUAUUGUAUUUACAGAAUGUUUAAUUUGUAAAUAGGUAUGUAUUGAUAAUUGCAUGGACCCAUUCUAAAUGUGAAUGUUUAUCUUGUGAACAAAACAAGUGAUUUUGAAAUAAAUCUCUGAAAUGUUAUAUUACUGCCCAAUAUCUGGAAAAAAACACAUUUGAGUCCCUUGAUGUAUUCGCAGGUACUUUAUUUACAACAUGUCUCUUUUGUUACUGAGGCUGACAGUAUUUGUAAAUUUACAAAUUUGUAUUUUGAUUAACACACAAUGCACACAUUUUAGAUUUGUGUCCAGAUGCAUCUCAAGCUGUACUGUGGCAAGAGUGGGGGGGAAAUGGUGGCUGGGGAAUAAAUAAUUUGUGAGUACAUAACUGUGGGCCAGUGCUAUAUGGGAGUGUAAACAAAAUGAGCAUUUAAUAUUUAGUUUAAAAAAAACUAAUGUACGCUAUAUGCAGUGGCAUUAUGGGUAAACUGGAAAGCUAUUUGUAAGUGGUUGUGUCUAAUUUGAACAUGAUUUUUAGAAGCAGAUUGUUAAACCAGUGCUAUUACACUUAAUAGAUAAGUUGGGGCAGGUAUCAGUUAAAAGUGCAAAAAUACAACUGCAGAUGCUGUGGGUCAAAGAAUACGUAUACGACGUUGGAAGAACUCAGCAGGUCAGGCAGCAUCUGAGAAAAAGAGUAGCCAACGUUUCGGGCCGAGACCGCUCAUCAGGAUCGGUGGGGGAAGAGGGCCGAAGCCCAGUAAUAGUUAUAGGGGAGGGGGAAGGGCUAGAGGCGCCAAGGUGGAGAACCAAUCAGGAAGGAUAAAGGGGAGGGGAUGAAAGAACGAGAUAAAGGAGCAGAAAGUUGAAAGGGAGGGGGGAAUUACCACCAGGCUGGAGGUUACCCGGACGGUAGAUGAGGUGUUGCUCCUUCGACCUGAGCUUGGCCUCAUGGCAGUAGAGGAGGCCAUGUAUGGACAUAUCUAGAUGGGAAUGAGGCAGAGUUGAAGUGGGUGGCAACGGGGAGAUCCUGUCUAUCGUGACGGACGGAGCGGUCCCCCAAUCUGCAUCGGGUCUCGCCGAUGUAGAGGCCGCACUGAAUGCGAUAAGAAAACUCCAGCAGACUCGCAGGUGAAGUGUUGCCUCACCUGGAAGGACUAUCUGGGGCACGGAAUGGUGGUAAGCGGGGAGGUGUGGGGACAAGUGUAUCAUUUGCGCUUACAGGGAUAAGUGCCGGGUGGGAGUUAUGUCCAGGUAGUGGCGGAGGGAAAGAUGUGCUGGGUGGUGGGGUCCUGUUGAAGGUUGCGGAAGAUAAUGUGUUGCAUCCGGAGGGUGGUAGGUGAGUACAAGGGGAACCCUGACUCUGUUGUGGUGCCGGGAGGAUGGGUUAAGGGCUAAAAUGCGGGAGGUGGAGGACAUGCAGGUGAGCGCAUCUUUGAUAUCUUCAGAAGUAAAACCACGAUCCUGAAAAAGGACAUUUGGGCAGUCAUGGAACGGAAAGCCUCAUCCUGGGAGCAGAUACGGAGGAACUGGGAAUAGGGAAUGGCAUUUUUGCAUCAGUUACAAAGUAAAGGGUUGGCUAUUCAGUACAGCUGCAAAUUUUUUUCCCAGCCAGAUACAGUGGAUGGAUGGAAUUCCAAAAGGAAUUGUAAUACUUGAGUUUUUAAAAAAAUACUGAAAUGAUGCAGUUGUAAAUCAACUACAGUAUAUAAUUAUUUUACUGUUUGCACUUCCUCCCAUUGUGAAGCACUUUAAACUACAUCAUCUUCAUGGUAAGUUGUGUAGAGCUUGUAUUGUUCACGGUUUUCCUUUUCUUCAUACCCUUCAACUUGUCCUGCAGUAGAAUUUGCAGAUGAUACAUGCCUUUCCUUUAAAUGAUAUUAAACUUUGAAACCAA